UUGACGAGAUGGGCGAUGGCAUUACAAGGUCAUCAGUUCAAAAUUGAAUAUAAACCGGGGAAAUAUUGCGACAAUGCGGACGCGUUAUCAAGAGCACCAAUUGAAGGCCCGACGUGUCAGGAAGAAGAAUUCGACGAGAUACCGAACUUUGAAGAUUAUAAGAAAGAGUUCGACACGAAAGAACCAGCAAUCGAAAUUGGACAGUUGUUCCUGCAGAUGGUGGAACAGAGGGAGAAACGUCUAAAGGUCACCUCAGCUACGGCGAAAGAGUCGGCUGAAACGGAAGCAAAAGUGAACCGAGUUAAAAGUUGGUUGCCUACCGUUAGUGACUUAAAGGUCACCGGACUUGCAGCGGAUACUGAAGCUCAUAGUGGAAAGGUCACCGGACUUGACGAAACGGUAGAAACUCGUGAUGACCUUUGGGAAACAGACAAAGUGGCACAGGCGUUGAAUGAGUGUCCGAUAAAGUUGUUGCGAUUCCCGAAACAGAUGAAAAAGAGAUAUAAGCCAUUACCACGCUGUAAGGUUAUCAAAGACUGGAACGAACUUAGCACAGCGACAGUCCGCAUCGUCAACCUGCAAGGUGAUGAGGAACAGGAAGACGACUCGAACUUGCAGUUGCGCAAUAAACAGUUGAAAGAUCCCCACCUGGCAAUGAUAAUAGAUGAAUUGGAACAUCUGCCAGAUGCUGAAACAAGGUCGAAAUUUGAAGUGCAUUACCAGUUAUGGAACGGUAUACUGUACCGAGUAAAAGAUAAAAAUGGGAGACUUGAAAGGUCAUAUGUGGUACCGUUGUCAAUGCGAAGAGCGAUAAUCCACGCAUUACACGAUGAGAAAGCGGCAGGACACUUGGGAUUCGAAAAGACAUUGACAGCAAUCCGACUCCGAUAUUAUUGGGAUCGGAUGAGUACAGACGUGAAGAAUUACAUAACUGCCUGUCAAGGAUGUCAAUUUCGUAAGACACCGAGGAAAUGCCCACCCGGGAAAUUGCAAGAGAUAAAGGUCGGACAUCCGUUCUUCCGGGUCUAUGCGGACUUGAAAGGACCAUUGCUACCGACGAAGAAACGUGGAUAUAAGUACAUAGCGGUGUUCAUCGAUCAGUUGACGAAAUACGUGAUUGCCGUACCAAUGAAGACGGCUACAGCCAAAGAAUUUGCCAAAGUGUUCGUCAAACAUGUGAUAUUGGUACAUGGAGCGCCGCACAUCCUGCACACGGAUCGUGGACGGCAUUUUACGGCCGAAGUUUUGACAAAGGUCACCAAUGUGUUUAAGAUCAAACACACAUUUGGAACGGCGUAUCACCCAGAAGGUCAAGGCCAAGUUGAAAGACAGAUGCAGACGAUUGCGGACGGCUUGGCGCAAUACUUGAAAGCGGGGAACGAAAGAAAGUUUAAUAAGUACCUCCCAUAUGUCAUUUCGGCGAUGAACAGAGUUGUACACGCCACGACCGGAUAUUCAGCAUAUUAUAUGCUGCACGGCAGAGAAAUGACAAUGCCGGAGGACGUGGUCACAAAAACGAAUAUCCCAGACGAUUAUGGGACCCCAGAUGAAUGGGUGGAAACCAUGAAAAGGAACUUGACUUUUGCAGAAGAAGUGGCAAAAUGCAACAUCAAAGAUGCUUACGAGAAGAAUGCGGAAAUUUACAACAAGAAGAAAUCGGAGCCGAACUUCAAAGUGGGCGACCUGGUACUGAUACGACUACCAAAGGACACGAAACAAGGGAAGAAAGAAAACCAGUCCGACUUUAAGUCGAAAUACGAUAAAGUGUGGAAGAUUCUGAGUUUCCCGCGAACAAACGAAGCUGAGGUCAUUGAGCAGAACCCAAAGAAAGAAGCGGACUUGAAGGUGGUCUCGAUCGAUCGCUUGAAGUUAUGGCACCCGCCACUGCCAGAUGAAGACGCAGAGCUUAAGCCCCAAAAAGAGACUCUUUUCGAACCACCUUCGCUACCCGAAACGGAUGAAGCUCGGAUGAACAAGAGUGAAAGCGAAGAUAAACCAACAAAGAAAAGAGGAAGAAAAAGGAAAGAGGAUAAGGAUUUCGAAACAGCAGUCACAAUAAAAUUGAAUACAGAAGCCGGAAAUUUGGCAGAAAGGUCACCAGGAACUGAAGAUGAAGUAGCCGAACGCGCUUCGCAAAAAGAACUUGAAUCGAACCAAGAUCCUUUUUUCGAACCACGCACUGCUACCGGAGACGUCGAUGACCUUUCGAAACGGCAGACAGUCGCCGAGAUAUCAGAGCGCGACCCGAAAUUUUUCGAACCACGCACUGCUACCGGCAAUGAAAACGACCUCAUAAGAAAGAGAAAAGAGGAGAUAGAAGCGGUCAAAUCAAAAGCUGAACAGUUGGGCCGGGAUAUAGCGAAAGCAAUUGACGAGCGAAAAGUCAAACAGAAGAAAAAGAGAAUAACUCCUACGGAAUUACUGACCCAGCAAGGCGAAGUGGAAGAUGCGGCCGAUAAAGAACUUCUUGAUCGGAUAACUAAAGGACGCAAAGAUCGGAUAACUAAAGAAGGUAAGCUCAGUUAAUGGAUAGAUUGGAACGACAGAAUUCAGAGAAUUCGGAUUCGGAAAGUAUCGGAAAUCCAUUAAAGGCAUCGACCCCGAAAAGAAUGGAAGGUGAAUACGGAUACGACACUUCAUAUGGCGAAGGGUCGACGUCGUCAGCAGGAACGGCACAGAACGAGCCAGGCCAGGGAGGUUAUUAUGGCGGCCCGGAGUAUUAUGUGUAUCACGAUCCGGGACAGCAGACGACUUAUCAGGACACGGUAAACUGGGUGCACCACGGCUUACCUGCCGGAACCCAGUAUUCGGGACAAAUAAUGAGCGCCCCUUAUCAACCGCAUCCAGGAGCGUAUACCCCACCGAUGGGACCGCCGCAAGCGAUGGGACCGGCAAGAAUGUUGAUGCCGCCACCGCAACAGACUACACCGAGUAGAUUUAUGGGUCAUGGAGGAUUUAGCGGAAUGUUAGCGACCCAGUCGCAAAGGUCAUCUCCGAUAUUGCCGCCUUUCCCAGAAUCGGGAGGCCUAUCAUUGUUAGAUAUCGGAACGCCUCGGAUGAGAACGCCACAGCAAUUGGGAGCGCAACGAUUUCACAGGAAUUCGCCACAAAAAGGAGGGAGGCGAGGAGGAAAUCGGUUUGAUUCACCACGACCGCGAGGAGUACUGCCAUCGCUGGGCCCAAAUUUGGAGCAGGUCGGACCAGAUGGUCUACGGGCAACGCCCCCGGGUGAACCAACGGUGCAUGAUUACUCACCUAAGCUCCCGCUAGACAUGAAAGAUGAUGACGCGCGAUUGAACGUGAUAGUGGGAA